AAGCAGCAUUUUUCAUAUUUCUCAUUAGGUUGAUUUGGGGGAACCAAGAGGCUUGACAUUGUAGUUUUGGUACUGUCGGUUACCAUUGCAACAGUUCUCUGAGUGCGUGUUGAAGAAUGCCACUUCCCUAAGUCCUCAAGGCUGGAAUCUUGGAGUUGCUUGAUCCAUGAACUGCUGCAUGAAGUGACUUCCCACAUACUGAAGGAUAACACUGCAUGGUCUCUUCGUUGUGACUGUGCAUUACAAGGCUUAGGUAAAACAUAUGUUCUCUGCCUGAGGGUGCUUAUCUGCACAAUAUCGAUGUAUUUCUAAAAGUCAGCUGGUAGCACUGAGUUUUAGUGUCUUGUCUUGGAACUGUUGCCUACUUUUUAUCCAGGCAUUUGUAGGUAGAUCAACUGAACCUUUUCUUUUUUAGAGCUGGGUCCAUGACUUCACCAGAAGGAGGAACAUGCUAUGAGAAUAGUGGGGACUAGACAAAUACAUGUAAAUGGCUGAGCCAGGUGCAGAGAAGGUGCCAGUCACCGCAUGACUCUCUGUGAGGUGAGCCUCUGAGACCCCCACCUGCAUGGCACAGUGCCACCCAGUCUGGACUGUGAAGAGGGUUAUGGGAAAUCGGGAAAAUGAUCGCAGUCUGUAUCUGACUGUUUUAUUUUGUGAGGAUCUGGUGCACACCAUUACCAACUGUGUAAAACAAACAAACAAAAAAGCUAGGAAAGAAGUGAUGCAAGGUUUCAUUAGUGUGUUUUUAAGAUACAGCCUAAUGGCUUUAAACUUCACCCACUUCCCAGGCAGGCUUUGAUUUUGGGUUUCCUUGGCCGCUGGUGUCUGUGCACAUCCCACUGCCGGGGGUGGCUGUGAGGUCAGGCUGGGAAUGUGGUGGCCACAGUGCCCUUGUGUCUCCCUGUCCCCAUCCCCAGUUACUCAUGGAGCCCCUGCAGCUGUGGAGGUGAAAGUCUGGUGCGAUGUGAUGUCCCAGGCUUGGUAACACUGCUGUAGGUGGCCGCAGGAGCAGAGUUCUUGUUCCCUUGCUUCAGCUGUUCCUGCUGGAGAAGAGGAGGGGACACAUCUGUGUGAUGCAGGGAAUGAUCCUGCUCUGCAAAGUGGCUUUCACAGCUGCUUAGACCACUAUUGCUCUAAUGGCUGUGAGACCAGGUGAAUAAUGGGUUCUAUUUCUGUACUUGGGCAGAGUGGCCUUCUAAGCCGGCUUAUUUUUCUGAUUGUCUUGGGAGGAGGUCUUUAAUUUCUUUGCAUGGUUACCUGAACCGUGCAAAUCACUUUCCAGACCAUAUGUCAUUUUUUCUAUCUUUAAAAUGUUACCUUCACUUAUGCUUUUCUUUCUGAUGGAAGCAGCUGUUGUCAGCAAAAGGUGAUGGAGUAGCUUACUGCCUAUCCAUAAGCAGCAUGAAGAACUUCUGGAGCCUGAUAUAACUGGAUUUUUUGGGGGUGCCCCACAAUGCAGUCUACCUAAAGUCUUUUACAGGCCUCCUAUGGUAAGAAACAACUGUUUUGGCCAGAAGUAUUAUAUAUUAUGAUUUCCCAAAGCUGUUUGCAGUACAUAAUUCCUUAGUGAACCCUUUUUCUUUUCUAUCACUGCAAAAAAUAUGGUCAGGUGAAAAUUGUCUUCCCUGAUGUCAGCAGCAGAGGAUUUCCUUGGAAAUGGAAGAGUGUGGAGAGUGAGGGGUGAGACACAUGAUACUGGAAUUUGUGGGACAACUGUUCUUUUGCCAUGAUGUGGCUCAAUGUAUAGAUACUUCUAUUUCACAAUGUACUUACCUCCUCUUUAUAGAGACCAGUUGAUAAGCCUUAUUUACACGUGAUGCCCAGCAACUGCUACACUAAACUUUUCAUUGCUUGUGUGUUGGUGGAAUUUUCCAUCUACACAUUCUCCUUGAAAUGCCUCUACUUUGAGGAGCUGAUUUUGCUAAUAAAAAUACAAAACAAAUGAACGUAUAUGUGCUCUGUUAAGGGUUAAACACAAAUUCUCUCUGGGUGAAUUAAAGUCCGAUUUAAAAUGAAAACUAAAAAAUAAAGCUUGCAACAUGUAGUUUAAUAAUUUAUGGAGUUAGUCUUGACUUUUGGUCAAAUGUCUUUGUUACUUAAAUAGCCUUGCUGCCAACUAAAUAUAUCAGUGCUGCAGAGAAGACCUAGAUGAGGUUUUUGGGGUGGUUUCUACACCAAAAUGCCAACACUAGAUGACAUUUUAGAGAAUGUUGGAGAAUUUGGCAGGUUCCAGAAGCAAACCUUCUUUGUGCUGUGUCUGCUGUCUGCUGCCUUCACCCCUGUGUACGUGGGCAUCGUCUUCUUCGGGUUCAUCCCCGAGCAUCGCUGCUUCAGCCCCGGGGUGGCUGAGCUGAGCCAGCGAUGUGGCUGGAGCCUGGAGGAGCAGCUGAAUCACACGGUUCCCGAGUGGGGCGGCCAUGGGACCGGUUUCAGCAGCCGCUGCAGGAGGUACGAAGUGGACUGGAACACGACGGGCAUCAGCUGCACCGACCCCCUCGGCAGCCUCGUGGGCAACUGGAGCUCCGUCCCCCUCAGUCCCUGCCGGGAUGGCUGGGUCUACGACUCUCCAGGGACCUCACUUGUGACCGAGUUUAACCUGGUGUGUGAGGACUCCUGGAAGUUGGACCUCUUUCAGUCUUCUGUGAACGCUGGGUUUUUUGUUGGCUCCAUAAACAUUGGCUACAUAGCAGACAGGUUUGGCCGUAAAUUUUGCCUCUUAAGUACAAUUCUUGCAAACAUUGUCUGUGGAAUCCUUCUGGUCUUUGUGCCCACCUACCUGUGGAUAGUCAUCUUCCGCUUCUUGCAAGGGCUGGUCAGCAAGGGCUGCUGGACCGCAGGCUACAUCCUGGUGACGGAAGUUGUCGGUCCGAAGUACCGGAGAACGGUGGGCAUACUCUACCAGACGGCCUUCUCUGUUGGGCUCCUGCUCUUUGAUGCCAUCGCUUAUGCCAUCCCUCACUGGCGGUGGCUGCAGCUCACCGUCACCCUGCCAACCUGCUUCCUCCUGCUCUACUACUGGUGCCUCCCAGAGUCUCCCAGGUGGCUGAUAUCUCAAGGAAAAAAUGCAAAAGCUAUGAAUAUUGUCAGAGAGAUGGCUAAAAAAAAUCAGAAAAAGAUGCCUUCCCAUUUUGAGCAGGAUAUUAAAUUUGAAGAGGAAGAUGGUGGAAAGCAGAGUCCUUCACUCAUUGACCUUGUCAGGACACCACAGAUGAGGAAAAACACAUUCAUUUUGAUGUACAACUGGUUCACAAGCUCCGUCCUCUACCAGGGGCUCAUCAUGCACAUGGGAGUAGCUGCUGGGAACAUGUAUCUAGAUUUCCUCUAUUCUGCACUUGUUGAGUUCCCAGCCUCCUUCAUCAUCAUCGUCACCAUUGACCGCAUCGGCCGUCGUUACCCCUGGGCUGCAGCAAACCUGGUGGCUGGGGCUGCCUGCCUUGUCACAGCCCUAAUCCCAGAGGACCUACAUUGGCUAAAAGUGAUUGCUGCUUGCAUUGGGAGAAUGGGAAUCACAAUGGCCUUUGAAAUGGUUUGCUUUGUAAACACUGAACUGUAUCCAACAUACAUCAGGAACCUUGGGGUGAUGGUGUGCUCCUCCCUGUGUGAUAUUGGUGGAGUCAUUGUCCCAUUCAUUGUCUACAGACUGGUGGAAAUUUGGCAUGAUCUGCCGCUGAUAGUCUUCACUGUUGUUGGUUUGAUCGCGGGUGGAUUGGUGUUGCUUCUACCUGAAACUAAAGGAAGAGUUUUGCCUGAGACUGUUGAAGAUGUUGAAAACUUAAAAGGUGAGUCAGGAUGAUGAAUUCUUAGCAGCCUUCAUUUGAAAUUGUUCAAAAUCCUUUCUUGGGGAAGCCCAGGGGUUACUGGCUGCCUCCUGUACUUCCAACAGGUUGCUAAUUAAUUCCUAGACUCUAGCUGCAUAGAUUUUUGGACUCUUUACAACUUGCCUACUUAGGCAUCUGAAAACAAGCAGCAUAGGCCUUUACUGGCCUGUGAAUAACUUCACUAGUCACUGAAUACCUUCAUUCCUGGUCUGCUGCUCAUGUCUUGCUGUUUUUACAGGCAAAGUGCUCCAAAGGCCAAAAAAAUCUAUCUCCGUGUCCAAAUGUCAGAAGUAUCACAUGACUGAAGAUGGCGUAACUCUUCCUGGACAGUCUGCUUUAGGGCACCAGCAUUGAAAGGCAAUUUGGAAUAAAUGCUCCCUUAAAAGUCUUGCCUCUUUUU